GAAAAUGUUUCGGAUAGCAGAUAAAAUAUAAUCUAUAUUAUGUCCUAUGCACAAAAAACCCAUCAAAUAUUUAAAUAUUGGUUAGAAUUGUUAAUUGGAAUAGAGAAUAGGAUGCUCUUCAUGUAUGGGUGGAAAUUUUAUAGAUUUUGAAUUAGCGGAAGAACUUCUUGAAAAAUUGCAUAAUGGCAACAGUGAUGAUGAUAUGAAAUAACAAUUAAAGAUUGACUUUUUGCAUACCUUAAAUCAAUUUAAAAAUUAAGUCAAUAAAAUGUUAGAUAACAUGGAAAUAUUAGUAUAAUCUAUGAACAAGAGCUCUGAUUCUCUAAUUAAUUGGCUAAACCAAAUUAAAGAAGCUGCUCAAUUUAAUACUGAGGAUUUAAAAUAAAUAGCUUCUAAAUUAGGCUUAUAUAUAGUCAAAUAAGGUGAUUAAUUUUAACCUAGAGUUAAUGAGUAAUGGUCAAAUUAAAUCAAUAAAUAUGCUUUAAUACUAUAAAAAUCAAGUUUACUAAUUAAUUAAAAAAUACUUGAGAAAGAAUUAAAUCCAUCCUCUGAAUAGACUGAUAUUAGAACCUUAAAUCCACCAAAACAAAUUUAAACAAUUAAUUCAAAAAAUUCAUUGUCCUUAAAAUAAGAAGAUAUUGAGUAAUAAUUUUAAAAACAAAACUAAAAUUACAUAAUGGAAAUUGAUGAAUAAAAAAAGAAGAUUGAAUUUUUAGAAGCUUAGAUUGAAAAAUAUCAUAACUUGUACAACAAACUAAAGAACGAUAACAAAGAAUUAACUUCUGAAACACCUUAAGUUAAUCAAAUUAUUAAUAAAGGAGUAUCUGAAAAAAAAGAACUUCAAAAAAGCCCCAUAUAAAAAUAAGAUAGAGAGUAAUUAUAAAUAUAAAAAUAUUUGGAUGAAAAAACAAUUAAUCAUCCUCUUUGGAAAGAAUUUAUCAAUGAAAUGGAUCAUAUAAAAAAUUAAUUAAAAUGGAUAGAAUUUAAAUUUGCAGAACAAUUAUAUCAAUUCAAUUAAACUGCUGUUUAGGAAUAAGAGAAGAAAUUGUUAUAUUUCAGCAAAAAAACAUCAGAAAACUAAAACUUUUCUAAGUUUUAUCUAAAUUAGUUAAUAGCUUAAUUGCAAACAAUUAACAAAUUGCUACUAGAUUCUUAAACUAUGUAUAAAAUGGAUAAUAUUGUUGUUUCUAAAAAUUUUCAGGAUGAACAAGAUUUAAAAAAAAAAGUUUAAGAAACAAUUGAUUAUAUCAGAAAUCAUAAAUAACAUCUAGAUGUUUGUUAAGUAGAGCUAUAAUAUGUUUAAGAACUUAUGUCAAUAAACGAAUUAUCAAAAUGUAAUUUAGUUAACAGCAGAGACUUAUAAAAAUAUUUUUAAAGACUUACUGACAAAAACAAAUAUGGAAUAUUUUAUAUUAAUAAUAAUGUCUUACUUAAAAACUCUAAAAGUCUUCAAUAAGUAGUAAUAAAUAAUUUAUAAGAUAAUUAAUUAAAAGAUAAUCUGCAAAUAGACAAAGAUUUUAUUUUGGUAAAUAAAUUUGUUUGGAAAUUUAUUUCUACAUUGUACUUUAGCAGUGGUCCAGAAAUCUUGAUCAAAGAAAAUUGA